UGCCAUCGCCGCCUGGGCACGCUACAGCUUGUUUGAUACGUCGCUGUUAAGCUGGUCACCUUUUGCCCCCGGGGCCUACUACCGCCUGGUAUCCCCGGGCCGAAAGCGGCGCUCGCCAUGUCGUCCCGCAGCGCCAACGACACGGGAGCUGCGCAGCCAGCAGCUCGCAACGGCAUGCCUGACGGCGAUACAGCUCCCCGGUUGGUGAAUGGCCUGGGUGACGAUGACGCCGCCGCCCGACGCUUCCCGAAGAGCCCCUAUCUACGGCCCGCAGACCCCGAGUCGGUGCUCGACCUGGUCUGCGUCGGCUUCGGCCCGGCAAGCGUGGCCAUUGCCGUCGCGCUCCAUGAUGCGCUCGAAGCUGGCGAGCUGGUGCACGCUCCACGGGUUCUGUUCCUCGAGAAACAGGCCCGGUUCGCGUGGCACGCCGGCAUGCUGCUGCCUGGCGCCAAGAUGCAGAUUUCCUUCCUCAAGGAUCUCGCCUCCCUGCGGAACCCGCGGUCAAACUUCACGUUCCUCAAUUUCCUCCACAAGAACGACAGGCUGGUGGACUUUAUCAACUUGAACACCUUCCUGCCGGCACGUGCCGAGUACGAAGACUACCUCCGGUGGUGCGCUCGGCAUUUCGACGACGUCGUCCGAUAUCACAGCCAAGUCCUCUCCGUUUCGCCCGUCUCGGAUGAAAGGCCCUGCCAGAUGUUCACUGUAACCUCUCGCAACGCCAAGACGGGGGCAACCACGACCUACCGAGCGCGGCACGUCGUGGUCGCCAUCGGCGGCCAGCCUUCCAUUCCAAGGCCCUUUCCCACACAGCACCCCCGGGUCAUCCACUCGUCCCAAUACGCCCAGAUGGUGCCCAAGAUCCUGGCUGACAACUCGGCACCGUGCCGUGUGGCCAUCAUUGGCGCUGGCCAGAGCGCCGCCGAGAUCUUCAACAAUGUCCAGGCCCUGUUCCCGAACAGCAAGACGUACCUAGUCAUGCGGUCCGAGUUUCUCAGGCCGAGCGACGAUUCGCCAUUCGUCAACUCCAUCUUCAACCCCGAGUUCGUCGACACCAUCUACCCCAAGCCCUCGGCCUACCGCGCGAACCUGCUCGCGGACGCCCGCGCCACCAAUUACGGCGUUGUCCGGCUAGAGCUGAUCGAGCACCUGUAUGAGGCCAUGUAUCACCAGAAACGGGUUCUCGGCCCGGAUGAGACGAAGUGGCCGCACCGCAUCCUGGCCGGGCGGGACGUCGUUGGUGUUCAAGAGAUGCCCGACGGGGUCAUCCGCCUGAAGGUUGCGCCCCUCCCCGUCCCCGGCGUGCCGGACGGGCCGCUGUUGGAGCAGGAGGCUCUGGACGUCGAUCUCGUCAUCUGUGCGACCGGGUACAAGAGAACUGCCCACCUUGACAUGCUGAAAGACACGUGGCGUCUUCUUCCUGCCGUGGAUAGCGGCGCCAGUGAGGUUGCGGCCCAGAGGAAUGACAGAUGGCUUGUGGAAACUGCGGAGGGCGACGGUUUCCGCACCCGCCUGAUGGAAGUCGGCCGCGAUUACGGAGUGAAGUUUUCGGCCGGCGCCGUGGCGCCUGGAUCUGGCAUCUGGCUGCAGGGCUGCUGCGAGGCAACUCAUGGUUUGAGUGACACCCUUCUCUCGAUCUUGUCGACGCGUUCUGGGGAGAUGGUUCAGUCGAUCUUUGGAGCGCCGGCGCAGGGAAAGUGAUUGUGGAACCGCAUGUAGCAUGAGGCUUUGCUCUCUUCUCGCAAACAGCGUCCGGAUGCAUCUCUAAAAAGCCAUGUUUGGUCUUCGCGCCGCAGCUGCGCACUUCGUAAAACAGCAGCAAUAACUACCUAGUGUAAAUUUACUGCAUCAUGGAGGCCACACAAACCUG